GGAUGGGAGGCCGACGUCACGGAGCCAGCGGAGGAGUGGAUGGCCUCUGUCAUAAAAACACAUGAACAAUUGAGAGAGGAAAAGGACCAGAUUGUCGGCGGAGAAUGCUCCCAAACGCGUCGUCUUUGGAGCCAUGGAGGCCGCUACCCUUCGCGACGAACUGACACAAGUUUUGGCGACGUUUUGUGCCGUUUGGUGAGCACAAGGCGCGGGGAAGAGAUAGCUGUGCCCGUAUCCUUUGCCUAGCGGAUUGGAGUGAAAGUCCGCCAUAUUUUUGCCUUACCACGCCCGGGAGUGGAGCCACCGGGAAGAAGGGAAAAGGGAGAAAAAUAUUCAUGCGUGUCUCUUAGCGCUGUCACCCACGCAGCUGAAGACUGUGGGUUCUGUGUGGUGGGGAAAAGGCAACAUUGGAAGGGGGAAGGAGGUGUCCGUGGCGCGGAUGGCGACGCUUAACGAGAUCCCACUCAGAAUGUGUCUUAAACGGAUCUGUUGAUCGCCCAGAGACAGCAAAGCAGAUUACACCAAUUAAGACCCGCUUGUGAGGCAGACAAGAGGAGGUGGAGGUGGAAGAAGGGGUUCAUGUGUUUCUCAAAUAUCCGAUCCCCCCCCCCUCCUCCGGUAACUCGUCGUCAGGCCGUCAUUUGACCAGCGAGCAGGCCGCUGCGUGAGGACCUUCCUCUGCCUGCUUUCCCCCUCCUCACCUCAGCCUCUCUGGAAUCGGGAGGACAAACGCUAAACACUAAAAGGACACAUUUAAAAGCGUGAAAGAAUGACUCUGGAAUCUAUCAUGGCGUGCUGCCUCAGCGAGGAGGCGAAGGAAGCCCGGAGGAUCAACGACGAGAUCGAGAGGCAGCUCCGCCGGGACAAGAGGGACGCCAGGCGGGAGCUCAAACUGUUGCUGCUCGGCACGGGCGAGAGCGGCAAGAGCACGUUCAUCAAACAGAUGAGGAUCAUCCACGGCGCCGGCUACUCUGACGAGGACAAGCGGGGCUUCACCAAGCUGGUGUACCAGAACAUCUUCACAGCCAUGCAGGCCAUGAUCAGAGCCAUGGAGACGCUCAAGAUCCCGUACAAAUAUGAGCACAACAAGGCAAAUGCCAACGUGGUGAGGGAUGUGGACGUGGAGAAGGUCAUCAUGUUCGAGAACCCUUACGUCGACGCCAUCAAGAGCUUGUGGAACGACCCCGGCAUCCAGGAGUGUUACGAUCGGAGGAGGGAGUACCAGCUCUCCGACUCCACGAAAUAUUACCUGAACGCGUUGGACCGGAUCGCUGAAUCUUCCUACUUGCCCACUCAGCAGGACGUGCUGAGGGUUCGAGUGCCCACCACGGGCAUCAUUGAGUACCCUUUUGACCUGCAGAGUGUCAUUUUCAGGAUGGUGGACGUCGGGGGCCAGAGGUCGGAGAGAAGGAAGUGGAUCCACUGCUUCGAGAACGUCACGUCCAUCAUGUUCCUGGUGGCGCUCAGCGAGUACGACCAAGUUCUGGUGGAAUCUGACAACGAGAACCGAAUGGAGGAGAGCAAAGCUCUCUUCAGGACGAUAAUCACGUACCCGUGGUUCCAAAACUCCUCGGUCAUUCUGUUCCUCAACAAGAAGGACCUGCUGGAGGAGAAGAUCUUGUACUCUCACUUGGUCGACUACUUCCCAGAGUAUGACGGUCCACAGCGGGACCCCCAGGCGGGCCGGGAGUUCAUCCUGAAGAUGUUCGUGGACCUGAACCCGGACAGCGACAAGAUCAUCUACUCGCACUUCACCUGCGCCACCGACACGGAGAACAUCCGCUUCGUGUUCGCCGCCGUCAAGGACACCAUCCUGCAGCUCAACCUGAAGGAGUACAACCUGGUGUAGCGGCACACACACACACACACACACACACACACACACACACACACACACACACACACACAGUAUAUAAGGACUGAAUGUGCAUCAUAGACAAGUCAUAGUUUGGAAAAAAAAAUCUAAUGUUUGGGUGUAAUACUAAUUUAUUUGUGUUUGUCAGGAGGUGAGAAAUGAAUUAAUCUUGCUUAUUUAAUCAUGAGCUGGUGAAACGUGGAAGGGGGGGUGCUUAUUAAGGAGGUGGGGGGGCCAUUUUUAUUAAGCUUUACGCUUUCUGGAGAAAAAAAACAACUUUGUGCACUCUAGUUUUUUGGGGGUUUUUUGGUGAUUUUUAAAAAGUAUUUCACCUGGAUUUUGAUGUUGAUGUUGGUACCGCCCCCAGUACAAGUGACAUGAGGGUUGGGGGAGGUCAUUACACAUGCCAGGGGGGGACGCCACAUUCACGUGAUGAAAUGAUGUUCAACUGUGCCACAAGAACUCUUUUUAUUGUGUUUAUUUGUGUAUUUGUCGCCGAUGCCAAAACCAGUGAAGCAGCACGUGUGGCGGCUGCGCACGCUGAGCUCUUCAAACUGUCCAAUGGCAAUGUGUGGCCACAAGCCCCGCCCCGCAACCCCCCCACCCCCGCUUCCUCUCCUGCUGUCAUUUCUUUGAGGAUCGUCAAAUCACAGCCAGGCUGUCUUGACUGUUGUUGAUAGCGGUGUGACGGGGAAAAAAAACAAAGUGUUAGCGUUUCAAAGUUUGUACCAAAGUUUCUGAUUGGCUGCCCCCACCCCCACCAAAUCGGCCCCGCCCCCGCCUUGAAUCCCUUUGGAGUAUUUUUUGUAAGUUCCCAAGAACACAAGCCUGUAAUUUACAUUUAUUGAGGCAUAGUGCAAUUAUGAAUUCUAUAUAAUCAUUGUACAUACAUUUAUACAUACACACACAUACACAUAUAUAUAUAUUAGCAUCUUUGUUGGCUUUGUAAUCAUGAGUUUUUGGCAGAUUGAAUGUGCGGUAUUGAAAAUAUGUAUCUAUGUAAUUGUAAUGUAUGUCCAAUGUCUAAUUCUUUUUUUGUUUUUCAGAAGAAAAUAUGUUAUGUUUUUUUUUUGGUUCCUUUUAUAAGAGGAGAAUGUACAUUUUUGUGUUUCUUGCCUGUUUUAUUUCUCAGCAAAGAAACGUUGUUCAGCUUUAGAAGUACAUAAAGAGGACUAUGAUGAUCCAACAGGAUGUGUCGGCCUGUGGGUUCAUUCAUUUCUGUGCGUAGCACAUUUUUCUAUGAACAGACGUGACCAAAGUGUGGGGGCUAAAACAGGUCAUUCAUCUGACAAUCUUAGAAAUUUAAAAAAAAACAACAAAAUGCAUCAAAGUAAGACUUUAGGAUUUCCUACAAAAAAGAGUGGGAGAAUUUACAUUUUUCAGCUGACUUCAUUAUAAAUCAAAAUAAAUGUGAAAU